GGCAUGCUCAGUGGCGGAGCAGGUUUGGGCCGGGCCUGGGGAGCCGGGGUGCUCGCGCCGCCGCUCCUAGCCUGAGGGCGCGCAGCGCUCGGGGCCGUCGCCUGGGUGGGAGGACGCGGCUGCUCCGCUCGCCCGCCCGCCCGCCCCGCCGGACGCGGCGCCGCCCGCCCCCUGCAGCCUGUGCUGCAGCUGCCGGCCACCGGAGGGGGCGAACAAACGUCAACCUGUUGUUUGUCCCGUCCCCAUUUAUAAGCUCAGCACCACAAGGAAGUGCGGCACCCACACGCGCUCAGAAAGUUCAGCAUGCAGGAAGUUUGGGGAGAGCUCGGCGAUUAGCACAGCCACCCGGGCCACGCUGGGCGAGCGCAGGCAGCAAGAGCGCAGGGCGGCGCGGCGUCCGUCCCGGGAGCGGAACCCGGCUUUUUCUUGGAGCGACGCUGUCCCCAGGUUGCUAAUCCCAAAUGCACCGGCUCAUCUUCGUCUACACUCUAGUCUGCGUGAACUUUUGCAGCUAUCGGGACACUUCUGCAACUCCGCAGAGCGCAUCCAUCAAAGCUUUGCGCAACGCCAACCUCAGGCGAGAUGAGAGCAAUCACCUCACAGACUUGUACCGAAGAGACGAGACCAUCCAGGUGACGGGAAACGGCCACGUGCAGAGUCCUCGCUUCCCCAACAGCUACCCCAGGAACCUGCUCCUGACCUGGCGGCUGCGUUCCCAGGAGAAGACAAGGAUCCAGCUCGUGUUCGACAACCAGUUUGGAUUAGAGGAGGCAGAAAAUGAUAUCUGUAGGUAUGAUUUUGUGGAAGUUGAAGAUAUAUCUGAAACUAGCACUGUUAUUAGAGGACGAUGGUGUGGACACAAGGAAGUUCCUCCAAGGAUAACAUCAAGAACAAACCAAAUUAAAAUAACAUUCAAGUCCGAUGACUACUUUGUGGCUAAACCUGGAUUCAAGAUUUAUUAUUCUUUUGUGGAAGAUUUCCAGCCCGCAGCCGCCUCAGAGACCAACUGGGAAUCAGUCACAAGCUCUAUUUCAGGGGUAUCCUAUCACUCUCCAUCAGUAACGGAUCCCACUCUGACUGCGGAUGCUCUGGACAAAACAGUUGCAGAAUUUGAUACCGUGGAAGAUCUGCUCAAGCACUUCAACCCAGAGUCAUGGCAAGAAGAUCUUGAGAAUUUAUAUUUGGAUACCCCUCAUUAUCGAGGCAGGUCGUACCAUGACCGGAAGUCAAAAGUUGACCUGGACAGGCUCAAUGAUGACGUCAAGCGCUACAGCUGCACUCCCAGGAAUUACUCGGUCAAUUUAAGAGAAGAGCUGAAGCUGACCAGUGUGGUCUUCUUUCCACGUUGCCUCCUUGUGCAGCGCUGUGGAGGAAAUUGUGGCUGUGGAACUGCCAACUGGAAGUCCUGCACAUGCAAUUCAGGGAAAACUGUGAAGAAGUAUCAUGAGGUGUUAAAGUUUGAGCCUGGCCACCUCAGGAGGAGGGGCAGAGUGAAGACCAUGACUCUCGUUGACAUUCAGUUGGAUCACCAUGAGCGGUGCGAUUGUAUCUGCAGCUCAAGACCGCCUCGAUAAAAGAAUGUGCACAUACUUACAUUAAGCUUGAAGAAACCUUUAGUUUAAGGGGGGUGUGGUAAGAGACCCAUUUUCCACCAGCAACCGAACUUACUACUAGCCUGCAAUGCAAUGAACACAAGUGGUUGCUGAGUUUCAACCUAGCUUUGUUAGUGCCAUGGCAAGUAGAAAGGCGUAUCAUCAACUUCUAUAUUCAAGAAUAUAGGAUUGCAUUUAAUAAUAGUGUCUGAGGAUAUAUAUACACAGCACAGAUAUGUAUAUCCAUGUCUAUGUGUAAAUAGAUCAAAUGAUUUAUUCAAUAUAUAUAACCAGGUACACCAGAGCUCACAUAUGGUUAUUUAGACCCUUAAAAUCUUUUGACAAAAUAAGAGACAAUCAAAUAUAUGAAAUAUGUCUUUAAAUUUUUCAGAAGAUGAAUUUGUUUAUUUUUAAAUUUUGAAUCACAAAACAAUUUUGGAUCUAGCUCUCUUAAAGAAAUCAUCAUGUACAUCUGUACCCCCAUAAUAUGCCGAAAUAAAAUAAAUAAAUAAAUAAAUAAGUUGAGAUGUAAAAAAAAAACCAAAAGAUGAGCUUUUCUUAGGUAUAUAUCUUAACUGAUUACAUAAAAGGAAAAAUAUGAUUUCUCGGAAAAAGGCAAAUACUUAGGCAUUUUUCCCACAAGAUGCACUACACACUUACCUAUGUAGACAAUAAUAACCUGUCUCCAAGACCAUGCCAUAAUAACAUAGGUGCUUUAGAAAUUAAAUCAUUAAGUCUUUUCAUGCAUUUUGCUGAUGCAUUCUAAUCCAUUUAAAACCUGUCCCGAAAAAAGUACUCAGUGUCUUUAUUAUUAUAAUCUUACAAGAGACAAUUUAUGAGCUGUAGCAGAAUUUUGAAUUUUUAUUUUUCCAAACCCCUCCACAAGGGCAAAUCCUUUCAAGAAUGGCGUGGGAAUUCUGUAUGAGCCUUUCAAAAUGGUGUUCAUUGGAAGAUUUGGGUAGUUGAGAGUUUAAAAAGUGAGUAUUGAAUACAUUAACAUAACUGGAAAUCAGGUAGAAUAUUUGAUAGACUUCAUAUUUAAUAAUGGAUUCAAACUCUCUAAACUAUGCCAAUUAAUUUUUAUCUAUCUUGCAUUUGUGUUCCUGUCUCUUCGAUAUAGAAACUUGGAUUUAAAAUGGCAUUCUAUUUUUGGCAAGCCAUCAUGGAUUAUUUUUAGCCUAAAAGCUUUUGUGUAUCAAUAAAACAACCAAAUUUUAUUAAUGCAAAUUCCCGAUCCUAUAACGUCAUCACCAUGCUCAGUAUGUUUCUCAACCAAGUGAAGUCAGAUCUGGGGUCUCUGGUUCUUUCUAAAUCUGUGAGUCUUGUUCUAAGAAGCCAACUGUGAAUCGUGGGAGCACAAGUUCGUCCCUGCUCUCUCACUAGAAAACUGUGUUGCAUGGAUUAUUGGUAUUUAGAGUAAUUUUUCCUCCCUGGCUCCUUCAUGUCUGUUUUAAAGGAGACUGACUCCAAGAGGAGGAAGUGAUUCAUCAUUCUCCAAAGCAAGACACUUAAAGAGAGCAGCUCUGAAAUCCGAAGAUAGCUCAGGGGCUGCUCACAGAGAACUACCUUUUUCUUCCUGCCUUGAAAGGAAAAAGGAGAGCCGAUUCCUUCUGUGAGUCUAGGGCCCUACCGCCUACAACCAGUUUGGGUGAGAGGUAUGUGGCAGGGCUAGUGAAGUCCCAGUGUCAGACGAGUGGCCGUGAUAUACUUAGAUUUCUAAGCGUGGUGCUCUCAGGCCCAGCUCUCAACUACCCUUAGGUAGCUUACUUCUUCCCAGCUCUUUCAGAUGAAAGACCUGUGCUUAUUGAAGAUGUACCUUCUAAAACUCCCCUAGAAGUGCCUGAUGUUUUUAUUGAGGCAGUGAGUGGUAAAAUUACUCCAUUGUUCAAGUCUCCAAAAUCCCAGAAAUAUCCCAGGCAGACACUAACAAUCAGGAACCACUCUUCCUCUUCAUGGCUACUUGCAAGUUUCCUGUGAAAACAUUGGCUUCCUGUACCCAAUUCAAAGUGUGUGUUGUUACAUCACUCUAGCUUGUACAGCUCACGUCGUAGCUGUAAAUAUGAAAAAUUAGAGUGUUCUACCCGAUUUUCAAUAAACCUUCCAGGCUGCAAUAACCAGGAUGGUUUUCAGUUAAAGCCCUAUCUGUACUUUUUAUUUAUUAGCUGAAAUGUAAGCAGGCAUAUUCACUCACUUUUCUUUGUCUUUCCUGAGAGUUUUUUUAUUAAAACUUCUCCCUUGGUUAUCUGUUAUCUAUUGCACUUCCACCAUGUAGCCAAUAAAUCUGGUUCAUUGCCAUCAAAGGAAUAAAAAGCUCAACGUACAGAUUACAUUUCAAAACAAACCCUAAUAAAUCCACAUUUCUGCAUGGCUCACUCAACUGAAAUAAUGCCUUUCAUUCAAUAUGUUCCUAUAGGGCAGAACACUUCCAUAAGUAGAGUUUUUUAUGUUUUUUUUUUUUUUUGUCAUGUUGAUAACAUGCAGCUUUUUCCUCUCAUAGAAUUUUCUAUGGCAAAUGUAAUAUGCCUCUUAUCUUCAUGAAAAAUAAAUAUUGCUCUUGAACAAACCUA